UCCCCGUUGUUUCUUCAUCGGCCGGAUCACGUACAACCUCGCUCACUUUCCCGCAAAAAUGGCAUGGCGCUCUGGAUCUCUUUGCCGCUCGUUGAUGUCCACAGCUAGGGCUUCGCUUCGCCCUGCUGCUCCAUCGUCUCUUCCCCGCCGUUGCCCGCAGCCUUUGGCCGCCCCUCGCCUCCAGGCCCGCCGGUUUUCCUUAUCCGCUUCCAGGAAUUUGGGAGAAUUGGGAUGCACACAAUCUCUCAUCCCGCUACAUAAUUCGAUGUCUGCAACCUGUAUCUCAUCACACUUCGCUGUCAGCGCUCGUGCUUGUUGCGAGUUGUCCAAUGGUACCUUCCGUCGUUCUUGUCAAGAUCGCUAGUAGUCUCUUUGUGAUCCUGAUUCCUGAGUUACCUGAGAGUGCUGUUAGAUUGGCAUAAGCUGCAUUCAAGCAGAUCAAGGGUUGUUAAAGAGGGUAGUAUUGAAGAAUCUGUGCAAAGACACUCAUCUGUUACGCUAUUACUGACUCGGGGGAGGGUGGAUUUCCUUCCAAAUUUCAAUAGUUUUCAAGCGGAUUAAUCUAUGCAUUAUAUUUUUGUAUGGUUUUGGGUAACUGCUGUAUUUUUGUUUCAUUAUAUUAUUAGAAAUAAAUUUAAUCCGUCAUCGCUUGCUCUCUAGGAACUUGUACGUUGUAAAAGCUCUUGGGCAUGAAAUGGGGAUCGACAGAAUUCAGAGUGGUGUUAGCUGACC